CCAACUUUCACCGAGGGCGUACCCCGGAAAAAGAUUAUCAAAGGGAAAUUCUCGUACCUAAUCAAGACAGCCCACUACAAACUCCCAAUACAGGCACGAGUCGCAAGAUGCCUCCGCGAAUACCCCUCGGGCUGGCAGCCCAGUGCUGCAGGGCUUCUCUCGAGCAACCGAGCAGCUCUUCGCUCGUAGGAUUAUUCAAUGCGCUGUCAAUCCAGUCUCGCAGCGCCUCCAUUCUCGCAAAUCUAUCCGACAACCCGGGUGCUUACCAAAAGCGCAUUCGUGUUGGUCGCGGUCCGUCCUCGGGAAAGGGUAAAACAUCCGGAAGGGGUCACAAGGGUCAGAAGCAGCAUGGAAAAGUCAAACCGUGGUUCCAGGGUGGUCAGACGCCUUUGGUCGUUCAAAGGGGAAAGCUUGGAUUCGUGAACAUGCACGCGCCUGUCAUGUCCGAAGUAAACCUCGACAAGCUGCAGGAAUGGAUUGACGCGGGCCGCAUUGACGCUACGAAGCGAAUCACGCCGAAAGAACUAAUAGAGUCCAACCUCGUCGGAUCGAUCAAGGACGGAAUUAAGUUACUAGCGAGAGGGGCGGAUGCGUUGAAGCAGCCGAUAGACAUUAUUGUUUCUCGCGCUUCGGCUUCGGCUAUCGAAGCAGUAGAGAAGGCGGGAGGAAAGAUCAUGACACGAUAUUAUACCAAGCAGGCCUUGAAGCGGCUGGUAGAGGGCAAGAGUUUCCACACCGAUAAACCUCUACCUACCGGGCCGGAGCAUGUGCAGCCGGUCUUAGAAGAGCUCCGCCAGAGGGGGUUUUCUUACAGACUGCCGGAUCCGACAGCUCGAUGGGAUAUCGAAUACUACCGCGACCCUGCGCACCGAGGAUACCUGAGCCACACAUUAAAGCCCGGCGAGUCGCCAAGUUUGUACUUCAAGGUACCACCCGCGAAGAUUCUCAAGCAGGAAAAGAAGCAGAAGGGGGCCACGCAGGAAGCAGCGAAACUUUGGGACAAGCUAUAAGGGGUGCGCUCGUCGAAUUGGCAGAAUAUACCAUGUUAUGUAUGUAUUGCGCCUGCAGAUAUAUCCUAGGGUAUAUACCGUAUAUAUACCGAUUACUGCGAACAUCCGCAGACCUGCUCCCCUAAAACUGCACAUAUAUCAACCCGCGGAAUAGCAUGUAAAGUUGUUUUCCUUGUGAUGGUUGUGACAAGGGGGUUGCUUGAGCAUUUGAAGUAAUAAAAUCUUAGUGCUGCAUGGGGUAUUAUUGAUAGUUACAUAAGAUUUGCAUAGCAGUAAGGUGAAAGCUUCAAUUGUCCCCUUUUAUGCAGGUAAAUAAAUUACUUUUUAUAUACAGACCCAAUAUGUACAUGUAUCAAAUGCACCAAUACCAGGUACCUACCUCUAUCAAUCAG